AUGGCAACAUACUCCGUCAUGUCCGUGUCCCAACUCUAUCGAGUCGUUCAUGACCGUCUCGGUGCGGGCAGGAGGGAAAAGGCAGGGAAGGGUGCAGGUGUCGGUUAUCUUGGCGAGACGUACGAUCGUUUCCCCCCAUUCUCCCCAAGGGCCUGGAACGUGUGCCUCGGCGUAGCAUCCGAGCGGUCCAGGGACCCGGAUGAUAGAGGUCAUAACAAUGAUAGGUAUGGACCAAAUCAAUCAGAGAGCAUCAUCUCCGCCAUUCACUGGGGCAACUUGAGAUGUAUGCACGGAUACGGAGUAUGCAAGAUUAGCUUCACUGCCCAGUUGAACGAUUCCAAUCUUGAUGCGAACGAACAUCACCAACAAGUCUUUCUGAAUGGAUCAAGUCGAACGACGCAUGCAGAGUACACCCCUUUCCAAGAGGGCAUGAAUCGAGGCCGAGAAUGGAAGAAAGAACAAGGCCAGAUCAUAUCUGGCGUUCAUCGAUGGAAGACGAAUGACGAGCAAAAGGUCUUAUCUUGCAUAUCUCACCCCGCAUCCAUAACAGGCCAACAGAUCGCAACUGGCCUCUUCUCAACGUCAUCAGCCGCCGUCGGUCCUCUCCCGGGUCGGAGACUAGCAUGUCGGGCCCUGGCCAACGCAGAACUGGCUGCUUCUAGCGCAUGGGACUGGGGCCGCUUCGAGAACGGCCAGGCCAAGGGUCAACAACUCCUCCUCCUCCUCCCCAUCCCCAGCGCAUGCUUUCCGGUCCCAGCUCAAUCCACAUCACUAUCCUCUCCUGAGCCCCGUCUCCCACAAGCUAAGGGAGCGACAUAGGAGACGCCAGGGGUGGGGAGCCGGAGAGGGGCAAAUAUUCGUCGUGUAUUCCUUCAUUAUGUCCUCCUGUAAAUGAACCGGUAUGUAAGUAGUUAAUCACAAUGCGGACAAAGCAAGGCAUUGGGACAUGUUGCAGCAGAGGCACUAAAGGAUGACCUUCACGGCC